AUGGCCGAAGCCUGUGUCGAAUUGCCAGAUGACCACCUUGUGAACCUGUCACCACGACCAAUACGCAGCAGUCCGUACAAAGCCUAUAGAGCGGAAUAUAGGGGCUCUGCCACAGAGCUGGCUGCGACUCCUCCCCCUCGCUACGCCUAUCAAGCCAAAACGCCGGAAUACGACGACUUACGAAGCGCAUCAGGGAAGAUGUCUCAGGCUCCGAGAAGUACUAAACUUCCUGUAUCCAAGGCAGUUGUCGAAAAUCGCAAGAAUGAGCUGAGAGAGACUCCGAGUCCUACUGGCAUACCCAAACCGAUCACUCCUAGUCAAUCUGGACCAUCUGGGGACCAGCCUCAAUCAUCGGGCAAAGAUCGUGACCAAUACUGGAGCAAGAUAAGACAGAAGUUUGAAAAGGACUCUCCUCUGUCUACGCGAAGCGCUAAAAGCAAGGAGAACGGCAACGAUGAAUCUCCAAGCCCACGUGUAUCCUACCACCGCACUCGACCUCUCGCUCUCAGUCGACAGGAUCAGAGCAGCCCUCGCGGAAUCACCCCACGAACAGGAAUUCCCAGUCCCAGCACAGCUAAGAGUGCUCCUGCACAGCAUGGUCAGAAUGAUACUCGAGGACCGUCAGAUGCCAACAAUACGUGGCGCAAGCAGGGUGACCAGUGGGUUAAUAUGGCGUCUAUCGAUAACACCAUGCACAACUCCGACCAAGCGGACACGGCCACCGACUCGAGUCCACCUUCGCAUCCAUCUGUUUCUCCUGUGUCUGCUGAAGAUAGUUCGAUGACUGAUUGGGAAGACCGAUUCGUCGUCAAUAUGCCGACUGCAAAAGAACCUAACCCACCAACAAUGACUUCUCAGCAGAUUUCUGAGUACCAGAAAAGCAUUGAGAGGGUACAUCAAGAUGGAGGGCAGAUGACGGAUCCAGAUGCGCUACCCAGUCGGAAUGCCUCCCCAGAAAGCAAGAUCAGUCCUCAAAGCUACCGCGUCAGGAGCCCAAUAGAAUUUAAACCCUACCAAGGGGGCUAUGAUGGGGCGCACGAAGAUCGACCAAAGCCAGAACCACAGCGAUAUGAACAUCAGCAAGCGCCAAAGAACCAACAACAGACGAAUUCGCAGCCGCAACCACAACCCAUGUCAGCGUCGCAACGUCAGCCAGCAACGCACUACUACAGUCCAGAUGAGAUAGGUGGGAAUCGUAUCAGCACAAUAUGGGAAGAGUCGCCAACGAAGACCAAGGAGAAGCGACACCCUCAUAAUGCCGAUGGAUCUUUUUUAGGAUGCAGGGAAAUCUCGGGCGAGAAGAAUCCAGACGAGAGACGCAUGUUCGCUUCCAAAGACGACGCCAGCCUGCACCCGCGCCCACUGGCUCUAACGUCCAAGAACAAGCAGAAAGACACGAAGAGGGUGACUGCCCAGCAUACUAUGAAAACAGUGGAGGAGACCGUAGUCCUCAGAGAAGACCAGCCCCAAAGUUCUCAGAAUUCGAGACAUGUCCAAUGCUUGAAGUCGUCAACAACUUGCCAAAGCCACAAUUGCCUCCAGCACCCUAUCUCCAGGACCGGAUCUCAGGACUCGGGAAAAGAGAACAGCCUGUCUUACAACAACUCACAACCACAGCCCGCAAAGCUCGAGGACGGUCGCGGAGAAGACGAUGUGUUCAUUAUCACACCCACUAUCACACGCACCAUGAUUCCAACCCCCGACAAGAAACCAUCUGCGCCAAAGCCACAAGGUUUGCGACGUCCUGGUGGCGCAAGUCACACAGUCACAGCCGAAGCCAUCAAGGCCGUUCGCGCAAAGGCUCAAAUGAUAUCUACUCCAUCGGGUCUACGGCCCGGCGUACCAAUUCCUCACGACGAACCGAAAGUACGCACCUUGGCAACUUCGCAAACCCUGCCAGAGGACAGCUUUCUUUCUACAAAAGACAAGGAAUACUUACCUCGCGCACAAGAACGAACGACUGGCACGACAUCCAAUUCUAUCCGUGGGUUCAUCCGUACCGGAGGCUUGGCAAGAUCUACGGGAAUAGUACGAUCACCUACAGAUAGCCUUGCUUCGAUACUCCGCAGCAGCACAGAGUCUCUGCGAAACCGUGCAGAAUCCCUACGCAAUGGUUCGAGCCGUAAGCAAUCAGUGACUCCUGAACCCACCCUUCCGUCGAGGGACAACUCAGAAUCGUCUCGGUCUGCUAGGUCUUUUCAGUCCGCCAAAGAAACCCAUACUGCUUCGGGAAAAGUGACCCCGCCGCCACAAAAGUCGGCGGCGUUGGCUCCGCCAGAGAAAAAAAUACCACCCACGAAACCUGCUGCUGCUGUUGCUGCCACCGCAGCGGUGAGCAAGCCCGCACCAAGAAAGCUGACUCUAUCAGAGGAACCGCCUUCUGAGAAGUCUGAGAAGUCGGACAAUCCUGCUCCCUCGGUCAAGAAGAUAUCGGCGUUAGCGAAGCCCUCCAAGCAAGAUAAACCAUCCCGGCCUGUCAAAGUAACCCCGUCAGAAAAGAAGCUAUCGCCUCCGGCCACAAAAAAAGCCGAUGCACCAAAGAAAGACCAGAAAAAGGCAGAGCAGAAAAAAGAAGAGCAGAAAAGGGAAGAGCGAGUCAAGCCCCAACCCCGGAUCCGCACUUCAGGCAGUAUCAUGGAGAUCGCUGAAUUAGAUGGACUUCAAGUUGCGAGCCCAUCCCAGCCCUUUCAAUCCAACAUUACGAAUGUCUAUGCCGAUCUGGGUGACAUGCACAAUCGAGACGAAGACGAGCCUUCCAAUCAAGGAUCAAACCCCCUGGCUCUCUCUUUGGUAUUUGACAUUGUCGUGGUCGCCGUCACCCAAGUGACUCGAACUUUCCGAAUGGGCUCGGACAGCCCGUACUCCAAAUUCGUCGUCGUCAACAUCAUGAACAUGGCCCGUCACUGCUACCGCGUCUUCAAAUGCAUAUAUGCUGCUUUCUCCCGGUAUCAGGCUACAGGAGCGUGGCCCAAAGCUCGCAACGAUCAGGCUAUCAGCCGAUUCAUGCUGGAGCUCCUUCAGGCCAUUGUCUACCUCUUCAUUCUGGGAUUCGCGGCUAUGGUCGUCGGCCGUGCUGCUAGCUAUGUCGUUCUCGUGAGCAGUUGGAUUGUCUGGUUUGCGAGACCGUUUGCCUGGGUCUUUCAGUGUGUUGGGCGUGCCCUGAUAAUGUAA